ACACUACAUGAACUUCCUGUUCUGCACUUGUGACUGGACGCAGUACCUUGAAGUCCGCACGGCUGGGGUUCGGGUUUAUAAAUUAUAUAAUCGUCAACGAGUCUUUGAACGUUACUAUUUUUAUUAAAUAUAUAGCUAGUAACUCAGUUGUGCAAGAGACCCUGGCUAUUUGGAAUCCGUUGGUUAUUUUGUUCUGCUCCUUUUGGUUGGAAGAAAAAACGUAAACACAACAAGGACGAAGUGAACUUUUCUCUCCAAGAAACAAGACCAAAACAAAAAAAAAGAAAAUGGAGCUUCCACCAAAUCUCGCAGAGCGAGAACAGCAGGCUUUGACGCUGACGAUUAAAACCCCGAAUCAAGCGUACGCGGAUCAGACCGUGCCCGGAGUGGUGCUGACCUGGACCGUGAAGGAGCUGAAGACGCAUUUAACCAGGAUCUACCCCAGCCACCCGCCUGAAAAAGACCAAAGGCUGAUCUAUUCAGGGAAACUGCUGCCAGACCAUCUGCACAUGAAGGACAUCUUUCGUAAGUCGGACACACAGCCUACUCUUCACCUGGUGUGCAGCUUUAAGACCCCGUUGGAUUUGCAUCAGCCCACACAAGCCAAGCUUACAGAAAGGAAUUUGCAUGUGGACUCGGCCCCUCGCACUCCCAGCCAGGCUGUAGGAGCUGCCUCCCCUCCAGCUGCAGGAGACGGAUUGAGACAUAGAGGAAACCUGCAGCAUGGAGCUGCUGCCUGGACUCACCCAGCGAUGCACACAGGAGGAGAUCCGCAGUCACACCCUGGCUUUGCAGCUUAUUCCAUGUACAACCCACAGCAGCUUCUCUGGCUCCAGCAGAUGUAUGCACGACAGUACUACAUGCAUUACCAGGCUGCUCUUGCAGCUGCAGCCGCCUCCCCUCCGGCCCCCAGCCCCCAGUCUCUGCCCGUGGUGCCCCCUGGCGCCCCCGCCCUGGCUGACCAGGCCCCCGUCAACCAGAACAUUGCGCCACCCGCGCCCGUCAACCCAGGAGCCAAUCAGAACCUGCGCAUGAAUGCCCAGGGCGGGCCGGUGAUGGAGGAGGAGGAGGAGCUGAACCGGGACUGGCUGGACUGGCUGUACACCGCCUCGCGCUUCUCCGUCUUCCUCAGCAUCCUGUACUUCUACUCCUCCGUGAGCCGCUUCGUGAUGGUCAUGAGCGCCCUGAUGGUCCUGUACUUGUACACUGCCGGUUGGUUUCCGUUCAGACAGAGACCCGCACGACCAGUUCCCAACAAUCCAGUCCCCGUGCGGGCAGCCGAAGAUAUCCAAAACCAGGAAAACCAAAACCGCAACCACCCUCCGGAGGACGUGUCUGAGGAGGGGCAGGAGCAGGAGCAGGGGCAGGCGGAGGCUCCGCUCCCAGCCACGCUCCCCGAGAGGCGCUCCGUGCUCAUCACAGCCUGGGUUUUCUUCAAGACCUUCUUUUCCUCUCUCAUACCCGAAGGACCUCAAGCGAUCGCAAACUAACGAGGAGAGCAGUGGGCUGAUGUAAACUGCAUUCCAUAGGCGUGCCGAUAUGUACACCACUGGCGUCUCCACCAGUCGGCAGCACUGCACAGUAAGUGGCAGGGGUUCCAUUGUAGCUGGAUAUCGCUCCCCCUCCACUCCCUUUUUAUACCUGAUCUCAAUGUGUGAUGAGGCAGUCUGGACUUUGGGGACAUUUAUAUAUUUAAUACUAUUGAAUGCCAUCGUCAGUUCACAGUACAGUCCAUUUCUACUCUUACUCAUGCAAACAACAACCCUGUCACUGAAGUGAUGCCCAUAUAUUCAAUCAGACAUUUAUUGUAUAUUGUAUACCUGUAUAUACUGUAAAUAGAUGCACACUGGGAAAUAAAUACUGGUGUACAGUAUCACGGCAGCACUUUAUAUUCUCGACCAAACGUAAAAUCUCUGUGCCAUAUUUAUACCCCUGUAAAUGCACCACAGAUCUCAUUUUUCAAAUUUUUUUUUUUUUUUUUGGUGUGUGUGCUGCAUUGCAGUCUGAGAUCGGUACACCACUUCAGUAUCGUAAACAAGCUUCAAAAAUCUUUUGUUGAUCACCCUUAAUGACAAUAAAAAGUAGAAAUACACAGACAGCGCUCCCACUUUCGCUGUCUGACUUUUAUAAAAAGUAAAAUAAAAAAAAUAAUGGGAAUUAGCGAACAACCCUUUUAGAGUCUGGUUCAUAGCUUGUGCUGUACAAUGUACUGUCAAACGGGCCAAAUUGUGAAUGAACCAGACCCCGUGGGAGCGCUGUGUGUAACUCUUCAGUGUAGAAACGCGUGGGCGCGUGCUGCAGUACCUGCUGCAGUGUCUUCUAGUUUGGUCGGUCAUUAGAAACCGCUGGGUCCCCAGUGCCAGUGUUGUAGGGGUCUUUAUCAUUUCAAACAUGUUACUGGAGCUGAACUGCAGUUCUACACUGUUACCCGGAGAGUUGUAAAGAUAACCGGUACAGCAAUUCUAUUCCAGCAGCUUUCAACGUCGUAAAUAAAAGAACAGAAUCUCGAUAUUUUCCUGAGCUCUCUAUACAUUCUCUUACUAUUAACUGUAAAUGUAGGAACAUUAUAGUAAGGAUUAGUUUAACUGUACAUUUUUGUAUAAAUUCUUUCUUUGAUAAGAGGCUGGAUCUAUUAGUUGUACUAUAUUCUGUAUAAUUAUGGCAAGGCUCCCUUUAUCCAAACUGAAGGUGUAUCUGUUUAUUUUCUAACAGUACUCACUGGAGAGGUUUGGGUGAAAGGGGCUCUGUUCUAUCGCUAUAUAGUAUAUACACAAACAAUGCAAUCCCAGUUCCUGUUGUAAUUGUUUCGCAUCAGUCAGCUGUCGUUUGUCGCCUAUAUGCAGCUCUUUGUUAUGAAUGAUCUUGAUAUAAUAAUUCAGUAUGUUUGUGGUAAGCUUUAUUAAUUAAUAAAGGCAUUUUGCGUGA